CCUUUGUUGUCUUUGUCCUUUCAUCGCAACCCCCUCUCCCUCUCUCCCUCCCUCUUCCUCCACUCCCCGGUCCUACAAAGAGGUCGGCGAUACACGCAACCCGUCCAAGUUGUUUUUCGGUCGUUACCCUCACCACUCGAAUUGACACGGACCCCUGACGAAACUCGAGGUCUCGUUUCCUAUCGCAGAAAAGGUUUCUACAACACCAAAAGCCACCAUGAGCGAAGAGAAGGUUCGCGUAUCGGGCGAGGCCCCAAGGACAGCAACAGCAUCUAUUCUACCUACUGUCAAUCCAGAUGCAGAGAAGUCCCAGGCGCCAGCAUCAAACGGCAUCCACCCGGCAGUUUAUGUCGCAGUCUGGAUCAGUUUGUCGUCCAGUGUUAUCCUAUUCAACAAAUGGAUUUUAUCUACCUUGGGAUUCAAGUACCCAAUUCUCCUUACAUCAUGGCAUCUGAUCUUCGCAACCGUCAUGACUCAGAUCAUGGCUCGCACCACAACCCUCUUGGAUGGACGGAAAACGGUUAAGAUGACUGGACGAGUAUACCUCCGAGCUAUUGUCCCUAUUGGAGUAUUCUUCAGUUUGAGCUUGAUUUGCGGAAACUUGACAUACCUGUACUUGAGCGUCUCUUUCAUCCAAAUGCUCAAGGCUUUCACCCCAGUUGCUGUUCUUGUUGCUGGAUGGGUUCUCCAAAUCCACCCAGUCGACCUCAAGAAGCUCGGAAACGUCUCCUUUAUCGUCAUCGGUGUCGCCUUGGCCUCUUUCGGAGAAAUUGAUUUCGUCUUGACCGGUUUCUUGUAUCAGGUUGGAGGAAUCGCAUUCGAGGCAGUCAGAAUUUGCAUGGUUGAGAGGCUGCUUAAUGGUGCAGAGUUCAAGAUGGAUCCUCUUGUUUCUCUCUACUAUUUUGCCCCAGUAUGUGGCAUCAUGAAUUUCACGAUAGCUCUCUUCUUGGAAGUUCCCCAAGUCCAAAUGACUGAGAUCUACGCUGUGGGUCUCUGGACCUUCCUCGCCAAUGCGUGCUGCGCAUUCUUCUUGAACAUGUCUGUUGUGUUCUUGAUUGGCAAGACCUCAGGCCUCGUUCUCACCCUCUGCGGUGUCCUCAAGGAUAUUCUCCUCGUCGCCGCUUCCAUGCUCAUCUGGGGCACUAAGGUCUCCUCGCUACAAGCUUUCGGAUACACCAUCGCUCUUUGCGGCAUGGUAUACUACAAGUUGGGACAGAAGGAGCUGAAACCAUUCAUUGCAGAAGGUACUCGCAGAUGGGCUGAGUUCGGAGCCAACAAGCCCAUCCUCCGCAAAUUGGUCAUCUUCGGUCUAUUCAUCACCACACUAUUCGUCCUCCUCGGCGGUUUAGCUCCAACAUAUGCCCCAGAAUAUGACCCAAAGAGCUACCUUGCAGCGGCGAAGAACUCUCUUGGCAGCUCAUGAGCUCCUCCUGAGGAAUGCUGAAUAGAUAGAAGGGACGUGCUCCUCAGAAUCCGACUGGAUUAAGGUUGGAGAAUAUUAUCCUUUGUAAUCCAUACGGUUGAUGAAAUCAGUCGAGUUGUUCAAAUUUAAUGCAUCAGAAGACUGCGCACCACUGUUUCUGGCACAUAAUUUGACUUUGUUUCUUCAACGUCGUUGUUUGCCAUUCUUCCAAUUUCUGCUUUGUGCGCGUGUUUUAUGUACCAUGUUGAGACUUUUGAGAGCGAGCAUAGUAUGCUACGGAGCGAUGGUACGAGCGACUUCAUAUAGAAAUGGCUUUGGGGAAUCUGCUUUGCAAGAUAUGGUGUAUGAGUGUAGAAUGGCGUUCUUUGAGGAUAUUUAGGGACUUGCUUGAUUGCCUCUUCUCUGAUAGCUCCGAUUAGAUGGAACUGGAGAAUAGACAAUACGAACCGAUUGAUAGAUAAGACACCAUUGAGAUAUCUGCAUGUGUAGCUCCCCCCAUUGCCAUUGAUAUCCUUGCAGCAGAUACCAUGGCUUAUCCCGCUAGUACUUUCCUCUUAGCUGUAUAGCUAAAUCAUGCCGAUAUCUUACACAGAACUGCAACAGCUGUUUCUCAAAUCCAAGUACAUCAUCCGACAACUUACAGGAUUCAAACGGGCUCUGUUCUCACUUCCCAUAUUCCCACAGUCCCUCCUCAUCCGUAAUCGGUGCUUUCCUUGUUGUGCAUGUCGAAGCCUUCUCUUUUCGAACAUUUAUCCAUUCCAAUAAUUGCAUCUGAAAGGAAGAAUACUGCCAUGAAUACUUGGAGACGAAUAUCUUCA